UUCUCGCUCGCGUCUUCAUCUGCUGCUCCACCUCCACCUCGGCUCCACCAUGGCUCCGACCCUGGCCACCGCCUUCGCCCGGCGCUGGUGGAUGGCGGUGACGGCCAUCAUCGAGAACUUGCUCUUCUCGGCGGUGCUCCUGGGCUGGGGCUCGCUCCUCAUCAUGCUCAAGUCCGAGGGCUUCUACUCCUACAUGUGCAGCGACCAAGGAAACAGCAGCAGCUACAACAUCUCGGUGGCUCCCACCAGCGACCCGGACGAGUACGCUGAAUACAUCGACGGCGAGCUGGCGGUCCUGGAGGACCCAGCUGUGCAGGAACCUGGAGAUGGCCUCUUGAGAAUGAACGGGUGGCUGAUCUGUAAGGAGCAGGACGAGAUGUUGAACCUGGCCUUCACCGUGGGCUCCUUCCUGCUGUCCGCCAUCACCCUGCCGCUCGGAAUCGUCAUGGACAAGUACGGCCCUCGCAAGCUGCGGCUCCUCGGCAGCACCUGCUUCGGACUGUCCUGCCUGCUCAUCGCCUACGGAGCCUAUAAACCCAACGAACUCUCAGUGCUCAUAUUCAUCGCUCUGACCUUCAACGGGUUCGGAGGCAUGUGCAUGACCUUCACUUCUCUCACACUGCCCAACAUGUUCGGGGACCUGCGCUCCACCUUCAUCGCCCUGAUGAUCGGCUCCUACGCCUCCUCCGCCGUCACCUUCCCUGGAGUCAAGGUGAUUUAUGACUUUGGCGUUCCUUUCAUCACGAUCCUGGUGGUGUGGGCGGCUUGUGCUGGGCUGGUCUUCCUCAACUGCUUCUUCAACUGGCCCCUGGAGCCCUUCCCAGGACCGGAGGACAUGGACUACACGGUGAAGGUCAAGUUCAGCUGGCUUGGAUUCGACCACAAAAUCACAGGCAAGCAGUUCUACCAGCAGGUGACCACGGUGGGCCGCCGACUCAGCGUGGGCCACAGCCUGAAGCAGAAGGAGCUGGCCACCAAGGACGGACACAAGCUGUGUCUGUCCACCAUGGACCUGGAGGUGGCGCCGCAGGAGCAGAGCCAGUCCUUCCUGAAGAGCAUCCUCAGCCCCAUCUUCAUGCUCAGUCUGGUCACCAUGUCGGUCACUCAGCUGCGUCUCUUGUUCUACAUGGGAGCCAUGAACAGCGUGCUGGAGGCGCUGAGUGACGGAAGCCUCGACACAGUCAGCCUGUACUCCUCCAUCUUCGGGGUUCUGCAGCUGCUCUGCCUCAUGACCACCCCAGUGAUCGGCCAGAUCAUGGACUGGAAGCUGAAGGAGUGCGACGACGGCGUCAGCAAGAAGACGCAGAAGGUGACCAACGCCCUGAGGGCCUUCAUCCUCACCAACCUGCUUCUGGUCGGAUUUGGAAUCACCUGCCUGGUGCCCAACCUCCCCCUGCAGAUUGUGUCUUUUGUGCUGCACACCGUGGUGAGAGGCUUCAUCCACUCGGCCGUCGGUGGCCUCUACGCUGCUGUGUACCCCUCCUCCCAGUUCGGCAGCCUCACCGGCAUGCAGUCCCUGGUCAGCGCUCUCUUCGCCCUCCUGCAGCAGCCGCUCUUCCUGGCCAUGAUGGGCCCCCUGCAGGGAGACCCCUUCUGGGUCAACAUCGGCCUCCUGGCUCUCAGCAUGCUGGGCUUCCUGCUGCCGCUCUACCUGCUCUGCUACAGACACACGCUGCACAAGGAGCAGCGGCAGAAGGAGGUGGACGCCAAGAUCUACAUCAAAAUCAACGGCGCAGAGAAGCCAGAGGCCUUUGUGUAGAGACGGACGCCCGGAGCGAAGCCGUCCACGCGCGUCACUGUGAGCGGAACACCAGAGGAAAGACUGUGAAAGGAAGGAGGCUCGCCCUCCGUCGUCCCCCCAACGCCUCUCUCUUCCUUCGCCUCACUCAUUUCACCUCGUCCGCUGGUGGAUUUGUUUUCAUUUUUUUGCUCGCGAUCACGAGGUGCUACAUCAAUUCCAAUCUAAACAGCACAAACAAUUUCUCAGGGUUGAGCUGGCGAGCUCCGGCGCGGCCGCUGCUCCUGCUUUUCUUUCUCCCUGCCACCAGUGCCUUUCUACUCAGCAGCCUGUCAAAAUAAAAGUCUGUAGAUGCUUGAUAUUUAACUGAGUUCACAGGUAUUUUUGUACGUUUUUUUUUUUUUUUCAUUCUUUAAAUUUUGUGAUGAUGAUGUGUGACGUUUCUUUUUUAACAUGUUCUGUUCAGCGUUUUGUUUGAGGAUAAUAAAAUUGAU